AUGUAAAUCAUUACUCAUUCGAUGCAUGAGCAAUUUGAUCCUAAUCCGCAUUCGAUACAAUCUAUGAAUACUCAUGAAAUUUUUUAUGAUUUGAAUAGGGUUCUAGAAUUAGAAUAGACAGGUGUCACACUCAACGUUAAUGAUAGGGAUCGUCAAUCAGAUAUCAAUGAAUUACAAAGCAGUAUAAUGCCGAGAUGGAUGCCUAUUCUCCUAGAAUUAGAAAUAGAAAUAAAAGCAAUACUUCUCAACAAAGCUAAUAUCCAUCCUGAUUUCAAUACAUAUUUCAACAAAAGAGUAUUUCCAAUUAUGGAUAGUUUUUUAAAUAAAUUAUUUACAGAUCAAAGAUAAUUAAAAGUGCAGUGUUACUUCAAUGAAAUUCUAUUAAUGAUCUAAAGAUUAGCAUUGAACAUUUGGAAGCAACACCCAACAAUAAGUCUAGCUGUAUUUAAGAGAAUCUUCGUCUAUCCCGAAGUCAGGUUUUUUGAUUCUCAUUUUAAUGAAAACCAAUUCAAAUACGCUUUAUCCAGCUUUUAUUUAGAGCGUAACAUGGCAAAUGUGCAAAGUGAACACAAUGUCGUCCAAGGAAAGGAUCUUGAUCCCACUUACCAGAGCUAUUAUCCUUUGCAAGGAGAAAUCUUGGAAGACUUCCAUAAAAACAAAUCUAGUAUCCACUUAUCGCCAUUGUUGAGAAUUUAAAUGCAUUACUUUUAUUAAAACGGAGGGUUUGCCUUAUUGAUUGACGGGAUCAAUAAUUUCCAGAUGGUCUUUAUAGACAUUCUGGAUGUAUUCAAUUAUUUUAGUAAUUUUGUGGAUAAAUAGAAAUUCAUAAAUUACUUUUCAGGACUAAAGGAUUAAUUAAAAUUAUUUUAUCAAAAAAUCAAUGAGGAAGAUAUUAAGCUAUCCUCAAAGGAAUAAGUCAAGAGACUAAAUGAGACACUCGAAAAAGCAUUGGUUCCCUUUUACACCAGUAGUGAAACAAAGGAAAUCAUAGGCCAAACAGAAUUGAACAUCUACUUACAUUAUUUCAGAUGUCACACCUUUGAGAAGCGUAUUUUUGGAUUACAAUAGAUUUGUGAAAAGAUAACCCCAUUGAACUUUAUGGAUUUUAAUGUGAAUUAUGAAGUUGGUUAGAUGAAUGAUGAUAACAUCUUGAAGGACAUUUUAAUAAACUUUUUGGUGAAGAAUAAAAUAUUUUAAGAAUUAUUUGGAGAAAAGGCUCAUUUUGAAUUGAUUAAGCGUUCAAAUCCAAUUAUUCGCUUCUUAUAUCGAAAUAACCAACUUUAAACAAGUGAUAUAAUUCAGAUCUUGAAGAUGGGAAAGGGAAAACAUGAAAGUUGGAGCAAUUUCCUAUUUAAAAUAUUGAAUGACAUAGCUGAAAUUAUGUCUGAAUCUGAUAUGGAGGCAGUUCUAUAGGAGAUAUAAGAAUAGAAAGUGGAUUCCAAUAUAUUGAAUUUCAUUAAGUGUUUAGGAAGAAAUCAAAAUUUUGAUAAGAAAUACUUUUAAUAAAAGAAAGAAACCAAAGAUAAUAUUCUUACAGAAUUAGAGAUUGAAUAAGAAUCUAUUCAGAAUUCAACUAAAAAUUCAGAGAAACUUACAAUAAAAGUCUAUAACGAAGAUUAAUAAUAAUCAGAGAACCAGUAUUUGAUAAGUAGGAAUUAGGAUCGGAAAUUAUAGUAGCAAUAGCAAUAGUAGGAGAUCAAGAAGAGAAACAUUCAGAAUGAUGAUAGUAUAGACACAAAUUACGAAGAAGGAGAAGGUAUUAGAGGGAGAAUAGUGGAGUAUCUUUUGACUAUCACAAAUUAAAACUCUAAUGUUGAUAUUGGAUAAUAAGCAUUUAAAAUAGCAUUGGAUUUGAUUUGCAUGUAGUUUAGAUUUCUAAGGAUGAAGUAUUUAAAUUAAGCAUUCUAAAAAUUAUUUGAAAAUGACCCUUAAACUGAAAAUCAUAUACAAAUGAUAUCUAAGAUUGUUGUUUCAUAAUACCCAAUUGACAACUAUAAUUCAUAAUCUGAAUUGAUUAAAUAUUUAGAGUAGAAAUAUAAUUUCAAAAUGUCUUUAUUGGCUGUGAUUGCAAAGGCUAAAAAGAGAGCUUAUGAAUAAAAUAAGGAUCAUUAUACUGAAGUGAUUGAUUAACUGUUGAAGUUUUACUAAUUCCUGUAUUUGUUGACUGACAAUAAAAUAGAAGCUCAUCAUUUAAAAAUAAUUUGGUAGGUCUUAGUGAAUAAUGCGUUUAGUGUUAAGGAAUAGGAUUUGUUUUUUAAGUGGAUUUUUAAUUCUAAUAAAAAUAUCAUCUCGUUGGAUGCUCUAUAAAUGUUAUUCUUUGAUUAUUUAAUCAAAAUAGAUUACAAUUCAUAUACUGUACCAAUUUUUUCAUGUCUUUAAAAUUUAAUCAUGUAUUUCAACAUAUAAUACAAAAUAUUGAAGACAGAUGUAAUGGAUUCUUAUAUAAUUCAAGAUGCUGACAUAGUAGGUUUGGAGAUCUUAUGGAAAGUGUUUUUUGAAUGCAAUAAUAAGGAAAUAAUUUAGAAGGCUCAAUAAUUUUUACUUUAAAUAACUGGAUUCAAAUCAAUAAAUUAAUAAAUAAUGAAUAAAUUAAAAUAGAAUUAUAUUGAACACAUAUUCGACAAUGUCCAAUAGAACACAACCGAAAAAUGCUUAGACUUAUGUAUAAAAUUACUAGAAGAAGUGGAAGGAAUGAAGUAUUUAAAAUAGGAUAGUUUUGAGAAGGGAGAAUCAAGUGGAUAGAACAUGUUGAUCAUCAUUGAUAAUAGAUGUAAGAAUGCUUAACAUCCCAAAAGAUAGGAGAUAUCAGUGCCUGAGAACAUGAAAAUAAUACUUGUGAAAUAGAUCAUUGGACAAAAGAUCAAUCCACAAGUAAAACGGAAUGAAAUCGAUGUAGUGUAUAGAGGAACUUGGCUAGAUAAUCAGAAGAGCUUGAAGGAUUAUAAAUUUGAUAAGAAACCUACUUUUCAAAUUCUGAUGAGACCUCAAUAGGAUGAAAAUUAGAAAAUUGAAGAUUCGAAACCAUUAGCCAUCUGUCAAGGAGACAUUGAUGAUUUGAAAGAGGCUUUCAAUACUCAGAAAAUGAGCAAGGUUGUCCCUCUUCCAAUAAAUGAACCAAUACCUUUGGGAAUGCCAAUAUAUAAAUAAUUGAAUAAUGAUCAAUAAGAGAAGAUUUAAAAGGUUAUGAAUAUCACUAAUGAGUUCAGUUAGGAACUUGUAGAGUAUUUAUUAAAUGAAAAUAAUUGGAAUUUGGAAAUGUCAAUAAUGGAUUUGAUUGAAAAUAGAGAAUUCCAUCUUUAAAAGUUCGAGGAGAAAUAAAUCAGAUAAGUCAGUCCACUAUAGGAUAAAUCCAACAAAUAGUAGUAAACCUAAUUUAUCGACAAUUAGAUGUCUAAUCCUUAAUAACCAUAAUUUUAAUUUUAGAAGGCUGUUCAGAAUGAUAAUAAUUUUUAAUUGGUUCAAAAAUUCAGUGUUGCAACCUUCAUUUCAGAAAACAACAAUUAUAUUUAAAAAUUAUUUGACAUCUUGAAUUUGAAUGAUGAAAAUUUGAAUUCAAAAGUAUGGUAGAUUUUAUCUAUGAUUCCCAGAAACAGAGAGACAUAUGAAUUGAUUGACAAAUGCCAAUAAACAUCAGAAUGGGAAAAUCUAUUGGAUCAACAAAAUAAAUACAAGCUAUAUUAUAACCUAUAAAUAUUAAAGGAACUAUUGGAUUGUGAUUUUAUAGAUGAUCAAGAUGAAUUGAGAAAGCGUAAAUAAUGCAGAGAGAACUUUUUAAUGCAAGGUGGAUUAAUUUAAAUUUAAUAAUUGUUCUUCAUGCCCAAUGUUGAUUCAAAUACUAUUUAAUUAGCUUUAGAAAUAUUUCUCAUCUACUUUACAGCCUACGUAUUAUCAAAAAUAGAGAGAAAUGAUGAAUUUUGCAGCAGAAUCAUUAACUUAAAGGAAACAGUAAGAAAUCAAUUCAAAUAGUUUGAAGAUAGAUUGCCUUCAACCUUCUUUUUUAAUGAAAAUAACGACUCUGAUAAAUCAAAGCAAAAGUCUGAGACAGCAUCAAAUUCUUAGUCAAGUGGAGUCUCUACUCCUAAAUUUAAUAAUACCUCAAUCACUCCUCCAUUGACUCCCCCAGUUGAAGAACACACAAUACCAAUAUCGAAACAACAAUUAUAGACCUAAGAUAACUUUGAUGAAAGACAGAUGCUAAUCCUUUAAUUUAAGGAGAAUCAGCUUUUUUAAGAAUUCUUGAAUUUUCCACAUGAAGAUCUUCUCAGAUCAUUAAUAAGUAAAAUUGACUUAGGAUUUGAACAAAUUUUUUAAGCAAUCUUAUUGAUUCUCUAUUAAAAUUCAGCUCUGGUGUAGACCAUCUAUGAAAUUGAGAGUUUUCCCUCAUAAGUCUUAUAAGUUUUGUCACAAUCUUAGUCUCAAGAAUGCCGAAGAAUUUUAACCUAUUCGUUAAUUUAAAUCUGUAAAAUACCAUCUUAAAAUUCCCAGAAUGAUUUUGGAUUUUAUUUGUUAAAAGAACUGAUUCCUCAAAUUGUAAAUCCAAACACUCAAUUUGAAGACAUAUUCAUAUUGACAGCAGUUGUACUCAAGAGAACUAAUUAUGAGGUACUGACCUAAAAUUUUGACUUUUAAGAUUUGUCAUAAUAAAUAAUUCAGAAGAUUAUUGAUCGACCCAUAAUUGAAGAGAGAUUUGAAGACAAUGAGGAUAAAGUGGUCUAAGGGUAUUUAAUACUCUUGACUGCUAUAAUAGAAAUUUGUCCUUAAACAAAGGAAGCAUUAUCAAAGCAAUUAAUUAGGUAAGUGUAUGAAUUCUUGUUUCACUUAAAUGAUGACUAUGCUAAAUAUCCAAAAUUUAAAAGAAAACUCACAAGAAAGAGAGCCUUUCAUUUAUUAAUAGAGGCAAGCAAAAAUUGCGAGUAGAAUUUCUUACUGUUAUUGGAUCCCAUCUCUAACACUCAUGGCAGAAUCGAAUAGCCUGACUAAGAUUUUGAUACUGGUGUAAAAGGACACUAUGGAUUUGUUGGACUCAAGAAUUUAGGUGCCACUUGUUACAUAAAUUCAUUAUUACAAUAGUUCUUUAUGAAUAAAGCAUUUAGACAUGGAAUUUUGAAUAGUUAGAUAUCAAUCACAGAAAAUAAUGAAACUAUUGUUUAUGAUGAUGUUGAUUAAAUAAAAUCAGAAUCUAUAAGAAAUAAAUUAUCAGAUCAUGCCUUAUAUUAAUUGCAAUAAGACAGUGUGAGAUCAUUUAUAAAUCCUAUUUAAUUUAUAAAGACUUUGCAAGGCUAUGAUGGUUUGCCCAUCAAUUGCUCAGUCUAAUAGGAUGUCAAUGAAUUUUUUAAUUUAUUAACUGACAAGUUGGAGAAGGAUCAAAAAGGCACUUAACAAUAAGAAUUAAUACAUCAGAUUAUGGGUGGUACAUUAGGACAUGAAAUUAGAUCGUUAGAAUAAGAUGUAGAAUUUUAACGAGAAACUGAUGAAGUUUUCUUAACUGUGACUAUUGAAAUCAAAAAUAAGAAAAAUUUAGAAGAAGCAUUAGAUUUAUUUAUUAAAGCAGAUGUAUUAGAUGGAGAGAAUAAAUACUUUUGUGAAGCAAUCAAUAGAAGAAUAGAUGUUGAAAAGAGGUGCUAUUUUAAAAAAUUACCUAAUACCUUUAUUUUUACACUAAAGAGAUUUGAAUUUGAUUACAAUAGAAUGUUGAAGUUAAAAGUAAAUGAUUACUUCGAAUUCCCGUCAGAGAUUAACAUGUUCAAGUGGACAAAGGAUCAUUUAAUUAAUAAUCUAUAAUUGGAUGAUCAUACAGAUUAUAUAUAUAAAUUGGUAGGAGUCCUCAUUCAUACAGGGAGUGCAGAUAGUGGACAUUAUUAUUCAUUUAUAAAUUCUUAAGAGAAUAAAUGGUUUGAAUUUGAUGAUAGAUUUGUGAGUCCUUUUAAAUUUGAGAAUUUAAAAUAGGAAUGCUUUGGUGGUAAUAAUUAAUAGAAUGAUUAUUACAACAAUUUUGAUUGGGAUUCAAAUAAAUCAAAAAAUGCAUAUUUGUUAUUUUAUGAGAAAAUUGAUAAGUAGGAUAUUCAAAUAAAGGGAACUAAUGAAAAAUGUUUAUAGAAUAAGAUCAUCUAAGAGAAUAUAGUAUAUCUAAAGAACCAACUAUUUUAUUCAUCGGAUUACUAAGCAUUUGUUAGAGAGUUUGUAUGUCAGUUCAAUUUUGAAGAUCACUAAGAAUAAUUGGAACCUUAGAAUGUUUCAUAGAAAUCUGAGGAGUAGGUUGUAGUACAUGCCUAAGAAUCGCCAUCACUAAAAGUGGUUAAAUUAUUCACUCUAUUCUCUUUGGAAUCCUUAAUGAAGAAUAAAGAUCAAUCAGAAUUUGUUAAUUCAAUUCAAGUCUUAUGUGCUUUAUAUGAAAAGGUAACAUCUGCAUCCUUUUGGUUUUUGACUCACCUCCAAACAAAUCUCAAUUUACUUGUUAACACAAUAAUUGAAUCGACUUAAUAGGAAAUUAAGCAUGCAUUCAGUAAAUUAUUGAUCCAAUCAAUAUAAUGCGUUGUUAAUUACGAAGAAGAACAAUAGAAACAUUCAUUUUAAACAUAAAAUUCAACUAUUACUUAAUUUUUAUCAUUUUUCAUUGAUAAUUUAUUGCCAACAUGCAAAAAAUCUAUGAGAAGAGCUUCAGAAUUCUUUUAAAUUCUAAAGUUCUCAGUGUCUACUUCAUCAUUCAUUAUUGAUUAUAUGUAGAAGAAAGGGUAUAUACAAAAGAUAUACAGAUUGUACAAGGAAACUAUUCAUGAGAAUUAGUUUCAUGGAAAUUGUAUGAACAUCAGCAAGUUGAAUGAUAAAGGAUUGGAAGGAACUUGUUCAGCAAUGUGUGAAUUGAUUUGUAAAUCUAUUUUAGGCUCAUUUACUGACGGAAUGAAAUUAACGAAUGAGAAAACACCCACCUAUUUAUUCUAAUAUUGUAAUUAAUUUGUUAAUCUUGAUAAUAAAUUACUUGCAGACAUAAGGGAUUAAGGAGAUUAUAAAACUAUAUUCGCCCCUAUGGUUUAAUUGAAUCCAAUAGUUGUAGAUAUGACUAAGCACCUUUGUUUUGAUGAUAUCUAAACAAGUGAGAUUAUUAUUGAGCAAUUAAUAUAAAUUCUAUUGGAUUGGAAUAUGGCUUGGCAUUAGAUUGAUCCUAUAUUCCACAUAAUAGAGAGUAUACUUAAAAUAUAAGAUGCAUAUGGAGAAAUGAGAUUUUAGGCUUUAAUAGAGACACAAACAAAGUUAGCAGCAUUCUCAAAAGGAAAAUCUAUCUUAGAUGCAAUUAACAAUCAAUUCUUAAGUGAUAAAAACUUUUCUUAUUGUUUGGCUUCUUGGAUAGCAGAAAUAACAAAUAACUUUAAGGUCGCUUAGAAUUACUUUAGUUCUAAUAAGUCUCUUAUUGAAAACAUUCUUGGGAAGUUGAGGAGAUAUAAGGAAUACUAAUUCUAUUUGAAUUUUCCAAUUCCAAAGAUUACAAAGGCUAUUGAUCAAUUAAAUUUGCAUUUUAAUAAGUCAGAGGGUCAGAAUGUCGAUGAGCCACUCAUUUAAUCUCAAAAGCCAUAAUAGAAAAUUGAUGAUGAAAAUUGGUCGGAAACCUACAAAGAUAAUUUCGACUCCGUGUGUGACUAAGGCAUGAUUUUAGAUGUUGGAAUAAUUGAUCCCUCCAAUACCAAUGAGGAUUCCCCAUAUUAAUGAGUUAUCAUAAUUAUUACAUAUGUUAAUUAUACUUGAAA